AACUGAUCGAACAGAAAAUCAGAACCCCACCUGCCGCCAGCUCAUCAGCUUGCCGCGGGUCCGCGGAUCGCUCGCAGAGACGCUAGCGCUGCUUGCCCACAGAGACACCGCGCGAGCAAGCCGGCCGGUCGAGAGAGCGCAAGGGAGAGUGGGAGACCGGAAGAAGACGCGAGCUUGGGCGGCGGCGGCCAUCACAUCCGUAUCCUAUGGCGGCGACCGCGAGGGGGAGCGUGUGGGAGAUCCAGCCCGGCGACGUGGGCGCCGCGGGGCUCGGCGCGGCCGACGCGGGCGCGUUCCUCGCCGCUCUCCGCUCCGCCGCGGCCACGGCGGGCCCGGGAGCCGCCGGGGACGCCGUGUGGGCGGCGGUCGCGGCCGCGGGGGUGCUGCGGCCGGAGCACCCGCACGCGCUGCACCAGCUCGUCUACUACUCCGUCUACGCCGGGUGGGACCGCGCCACACGGGGCCCGCCGCCGUACUGGUUCCCGUCACCGAUUGACAGUAGACAAACGAACCUUGGGAGGUUGAUGGAAGCAAACGGGCCCAAGCUGUUAGGGCCAGCAUACAAGGACCCGAUAACAAGUUUCAAUCUCUUUUACAAGUUCUCCGUAGAGAACCAAGAGGUCUACUGGUCAAUGGUGCUAAAGCAGCUCGCAGUCAAGUUCCAAAAAGAACCAAAAUCGAUUCUAAGUACAUCAGAUACAUCAAAGAAAGGGGGGACAUGGCUUCAAGGUGCAGUGCUCAACAUUGCUGAGUGUUGUCUGCUCCCUUGCCCUUCCCUGAACAGGACAGAUGACAGUACAGCUAUUGUUUGGAGGGAUGAAGGCCAUGAUGAUUAUCCAGUGAACCGUAUGUCACUGAAAGAACUUCGCAGUCAAGUGAUAACUGCUGCAAAUGCCUUGGAUACCAUGUUCCACAAAGGGGAUCCGAUCGCAAUAGACAUGCCUAUGACAUGCAAUGCAGUCAUCAUAUAUUUGGCUAUCAUCCUUGGUGGCUUUGUUGUUGUGUCAAUAGCAGAUAGUUUUGCACCACUGGAGAUCGGUACUCGCAUGGGUGUUUCAAAAGCAAAAGCAAUUUUUACUCAGGAUUUCAUUAUUAGAGGAGGGAAGAAAGUUCCACUUUACAGCCGUGUCGUGCAAGGGUCUUCAUCUAAAGCUGUUGUGAUUCCUGCAACCGGAGACUAUCUUGGAGUUACACUGAGGAAUGGUGAUAUGUCCUGGAAAGAUUUUCUUUGUCGUGCUUCUGGAAGGUCACCUAUCUAUUCUCCGGUUUAUCAGUCUGUAGAUGCGCUAACUAAUAUAUUAUUUUCUUCAGGAACAACUGGGGAGCCAAAGGCUAUACCAUGGUCACAACUUUCUCCCAUAAGAUGUGCAGCUGACACGUGGGCCCAUAUGGAUGUUCGUCCACAGGACAUAUUUUGUUGGCCUACUAAUCUGGGCUGGGUUAUGGGACCUAUAGCCCUGUACGCAUGCCUUCUUAAUGGUGCAACUUUGGCUUUAUAUCAUGGAUCUCCACUUGGACGUGAUUUCUGCAAAUUUGUACAGGAUGCAGGUGUGACUUUAUUAGGAAGUGUGCCUAGCUUGGUGAAGUCAUGGAAAGCUGGGAACUGUGUUAAAGGGCUUGACUGGACCAAAAUCAGGGUACUAGGCACCACAGGGGAGUCUUCUGAUAUUGAUGAUAAUCUGUGGCUAACUUCACACACCUCAUACAAGCCCAUUGUCGAAUGCUGUGGGGGCACGGAGUUGGCAUCCUCAUACAUUCAAGGUAGUCUUUUGCAACCGCAAGCCUUUGGUGCUUUUAGUGGUGCAUCAAUGUCCACUGGGUUUGUCAUACUUGAUGAACAGGGUACUCCAUAUCCUGACGAUGUACCUUGUGCUGGAGAAGUGGGUCUCUUCCCUCUGCAUUUUGGCGCUACAAAUUGGCUUCUCAAUGCGGACCAUGACAAGGUUUACUUUGGUGGCAUGCCCAUUUACAAUGGAAGGCAACUCCGACGACAUGGAGAUAUAAUCCAGCGGACAGUAGGUGGGUACUAUAUUGUACAGGGCAGAGCAGAUGACACCAUGAACCUUGGAGGAAUUAAGACAAGUUCAGUGGAGAUAGAAAGGGUAUGCAAUAGAGCCGAUGAAAGACUUCUAGAAACAGCUGCAGUUAGCAUCAAACCUGCUGGUGGGGGACCAGAACAUCUGGCAAUCUUAGCAGUGCUGAAAGAUAGAUCGGCCCAAUACGAUGUAAAUCUUCUCAAGAGCAAGUUCCAGAAAGCCAUCCAGAAGAACCUCAAUCCUCUUUUCAAGGUGAGCCAUGUCAAAGUUGUUCCUGAGUUCCCAAGAACUGCUUCAAACAAGCUUCUGAGAAGGGUCCUGCGGGACCAACUGAAGCAGGAACUCUCAAAUCACAGCAAGCUCUGACCUUUGAGUGGUUUGACUGUCCUACCUUCGGUGAAGAAUACCUUUUCACAUGUCCCAAUAUUAUUAUCAAAUUCACUCGUUCCAUUUCAAUAAAGCAGAAUGAAUAAAUAGGCAUCAUUCACUGAGCUGUGCCGAAGGCUAUAGGAUGCUCAUUGUCAUUUGGUACUUUGGAAUUAUGCUCAGCGCAUAUCAAAGGCUUGAUAGUAUAGUAGAUUUGUUUCUCCUUUUUUUUUUGGCACAACUUUAGCCCUUGUACGGCUACUGCUUCUUUUCAAAAGGGAUUGUGAGAGGAAAUCUAGUUUAGAGAAGAUUUGCAGAG